AUGUCUCGAUGGGCUUUCCUUCCGAACAUUCCGUAUCCGCCCUCCAGGUCGGGAUACUGGAGCCCGGUCACCUCCACCUUGAACUGGUGUGAAGAGGACUACUAUGCCACGAUUUACUCCGCCGAGAUCGUCAACACCCUGACAAACCUGCUGUUCAUGUGGCUUGGGAUCAAGGGUAUUCGCAGCUGUCGCCGCAAUGGACAUGACCGAAUCUUCGAAGUCGCAUACUACGGCUACCUUGUGGUCGGAACAGGCAGCUUCCUCUUCCAUGCCACUCUGAAAUAUCCCAUGCAACUGGUGGAUGAGCUGUCCAUGAUCUACACCACAUGUCUGAUGUGCUAUGCCUCGUUUUCCUACUCCCGACCCGCGCCCUUUCGCCUCUUCCUGGCCUUCUUUCUGGCCGGCCUGGCCAUUUUCAUCACCCUCUACUACCACUACCUGCAAGACCCCGUCUUCCACCAGAACGCCUACGCUCUUCUCACCACGGUGGUCGUCCUUCGCAGCAUGUACACCAUGGAGGUGACGCUGCGCCCGAAGUGGCGCCACUCCACCGAGGCGGACCGGCUCGCGCGCGCCCGACAGGGUCUGCCCGUCCCCAGCAAGGAGCACCAGCACUACGAGAAUGUCCGGGAUAUGAAGACCCUCAAGACCAUGUGGUUCAUGGUGAUUUACGGUCUCACCAUGUUCUUGGGCGGAUUCGGCAUCUGGGGCCUGGACAAUGUCUUCUGUUACAAGAUCCGCGGAUGGCGCCGGGAAGUGGGUCUGCCUUGGGGGAUCCUUCUUGAGGGCCAUGGAUGGUGGCACUUGAUGACGGGAUUUGGCGCUUACCUGUAUAUCAUCUGGGGGAUUUGGCUCCGUCAUUGUCUGAAUGGUCGCCAGGAGGAGUACCAUCUGUGGUGGCCGCACGUUUGGAAUUUCCCCGAGGUCCUUCGCACGGGCAAGAAGUGUGCCGGUGAGAAUGGCGCGGUUAAGAAGUCCAACUAG